CAAUGGAUCAGAUCAGCCUGGAGACGGUGGCCGUAAGUCGACCCAUCCAUGACCCUCUCGUGCCUUCUCCUUGCUGACAUAGCCGCUUGUAGGAAAACCAAUUCCUCAUUCGGAAAAAUGAAUGAAUGGAUGGCGGCGCCCACGCACCAAUCACCACGGCCCGCCGCCCGCCAUGCCCGCCCGCGCUCGCAGUCUCGCGUCUCAGCAGGCGAUUUGGGCCGGUUGCCUCCCACGGCCUGGCUGCGCGCGAAUUUGUGCAGAUUGCAGGCAGUCGGCCUCGCUCGCCCUGCCUGGGAUGCGCAGGUGGCGGCGGCGACGACGACGGCGGCGACAUGGACAUGGGACGUCGGGGCGCAGCGUCUGGGCACCCAAUGGGGAAAGUGCUGCUUGCUGAGGAGGGCCGGGCUGUGUCUGGUCCUCUGGUCGUCUGCGAAACAACAACCCACUCGACAACGCCCCAACGCCGCCAAACCCCGUCCUGCGCUGCUGCUGCUGCUGCUGCUGCUGCUUCCCUCGUCGUCGUGGCGGCGCGCACCGCUACUUAUUAUCCACGGGGCCAAAUCCCGCAGAGCGCCUCGAGUCUGCCGUGCAGACUGCGCGCCGUGGCUCAGCGAGUGCGGCUGUGCUGGCCACGGGCCCCGCCACUCGCAGCCAGCAGCCCGGCCUAGGCAACGAACCUUGGUUCGCCCACACCGGCUCCCACUCCACCAGACUGCCCGGUCGACUAAACCAGUCACCCUCGGUGUGACGGCCUUGCUAGCCCUCGACAAGCACCCUACCAGCCGGUGCAGCCUGGCCGUCGCCUUGUUCGUCAGGCUGGCCGCGGGCCAAUGAGGGCCCGUUGUCCUUCGCCCAGGGGCGCAGUCUCUGGUCCCUUUCGCCAGAAGCAUUGAAUCAUCGGGGCGGACAACCUCUGCUUCCUCUGCGUCACAGCCUGGAAGAAGGCAGUCAUUGCCUGUUCUUGGAGGAGGAAUAGCUGAGGCCUUGUAGCAGGCCUCAGGACUUGAGACAUUUAUAUACCCGUAGCAUGUCGCUCUAUAGACUUGGAUAUCACACAAUACAACCAUAGACUACAAU